AAUAAAUUUGUGUACGUGUGUGUUUUGAUAGCUAGCUAGCUACGUGGUGAUUGUGCGUGCCACCAAAUUCGAAAUCCUCGCAAAUAACACUAGCGCUUCCACACAAAUGCAUCUAUCGGACUUUGUAAUAGCAGCAAUGCUGCUUGCCCUCGUUGGGCAUAGUAGUGCCCAACGUGUGGCACCCGGCGUAAAUCCCCAGCAUUAUCAGCAGGUGCCCCACCAAGUGCCGCAACACCACCAACAGCCGCCGCCACAAUACCAGCAACAUGGAGCGCCCGGUGUGCCGCCGCAGCAAUAUCAGGUGCCGGUGCAGCAGCAACCACAACAAGUCCAAUAUCAGCAGGUGCCAGUGCAGCAGCAGCAGGUUCAUCAACAGCAGCAGCAUAUGCAGCCACCUGUACAACAACAUCCACAACAAGUGCAACAUCAUCAGCAGCAGCAAGCUGGCGGACACCAUCAUGGACAGCCACAGCAAGUUUUGAACACGGGUAACAUUCAGCAAGAGCGUGCUCAUAUCCAAGAGCACAUGCAGGUGCCUAUCGAUACGAGCAAAAUGUCCGAGGCUGAGCUGCAAUUCCAUUAUUUUAAAAUGCACGAUUCAGACAACAACAACAAAUUGGACGGRUGUGAGCUGAUCAAAUCUUUAAUUCACUGGCAUGAGCAAGGCAGCAAAGAACAACCUAACGGCGAGAAGCCCCAUGUAGAGGAGAAGGUGUUCUCAGACGAAGAACUAGUGGCACUCAUUGAUCCCAUACUCCAAAUGGAUGACACAUCACGUGAUGGCUUCAUCGAUUAUCCCGAGUUUAUUAAGGCUCAGCAGAAGGCUGCCGAAAAGCAUCAACAACAGCAACAACAGCAGCAGGCACAACAGCAACCCACUCAUUAGUAUAUAAAAUGAUCGAUUCCGUUUUCAUUAUCCAAUCCAGCAUUGUUAUGUCUUGGUCUAAAUUCAUGGCACACAUUGUAAUCCUGUUUCGCCACAACACAAAAUCACACCCACACACACUACGUAUUGAAAUGAAAUUUAGGCGCAAACAAUUCCAGCUCAAAUUGUAAAAAAAUUCAAAAGUUCAAACAAAUGUUUUGAAUAGGCUACAAGCAUUCCAAUCCAUCGGGCAACUUCUUUGAACAAAUUGUAUGAUUAAUAACAACUUCCCAAAAAUUUCGAAUAAUAGCACACACGAAUCUCAUUUGUGAUCAGUGCGAUUGAACUAUUUGUUUUUUGUUUAA